CGUUGGCGGGAGAUGUCGAACCCUGGGACGCGCAGGAACGGCUCCAGCAUCAAGAUCCGCCUGACAGUGUUAUGUGCCAAGAACCUUGCAAAGAAGGACUUCUUCAGGCUCCCCGACCCCUUUGCAAAGAUCGUUGUGGACGGGUCUGGCCAGUGCCACUCAACCGACACUGUGAAGAACACGUUGGACCCCAAGUGGAACCAGCAUUAUGACCUGUACGUUGGGAAGACAGAUUCUAUAACCAUCAGCGUGUGGAACCACAAGAAGAUCCACAAGAAGCAGGGGGCUGGCUUCCUGGGCUGUGUGCGGCUGCUCUCCAAUGCCGUCAGCAGGUUGAAAGACACCGGAUACCAGCGUUUGGAUCUAUGCAAACUAAAUCCCUCAGAUACUGAUGCAGUCCGUGGCCAAAUAGUGGUCAGUUUACAGACUCGGGACAGGAUAGGCCCCGGCGGGUCCGUGGUAGACUGCAGGGGACUGUUGGGGAAUGAAGGAACCGUGUACGAAGACUCGGGGCCCGGGAGGCCACUCAGCUGCUUCAUGGAGGAGCCAGCCCCCUACACGGACGGCCCCGCGGCUGCCGCUGGCGGAGGGAACUGCAGGUUCGUGGAGUCCCCAGGGCAAGAUCAAAGGCUUCAGGCGCAGCGACUGCGAAACCCCGAGGUGCGAGGAUCGCUGCAGACGCCCCAGAACCGGCCGCACGGCCACCAGUCCCCGGAGCUGCCCGAAGGCUACGAACAAAGGACCACGGCGCAAGGGCAGGUUUACUUUUUGCACACACAGACUGGAGUCAGCACAUGGCACGACCCCCGGAUACCAAGAGACCUUAACAGUGUGAACUGUGAUGAACUCGGACCACUGCCCCCAGGGUGGGAAGUGAGAAGUACGGUUUCAGGAAGAAUAUAUUUUGUAGACCAUAAUAACCGAACAACUCAGUUUACAGACCCAAGGUUACACCACAUCAUGAAUCACCAGUGCCAACUCAAGGAGCCCAGCCAGCCACUGCCCUUGCCCAGCGAAGGCUCAGUAGAGGACGAGGAGCUGCCUGCCCAGAGAUACGAGCGCGACCUUGUCCAGAAGCUCAAAGUCCUCCGACACGAGCUUUCGCUUCAGCAGCCCCAAGCUGGCCAUUGCCGCAUCGAAGUUUCCAGAGAAGAAAUAUUUGAGGAGUCCUAUCGGCAGAUCAUGAAGAUGCGACCAAAAGACUUGAAAAAGCGCCUGAUGGUGAAAUUCCGGGGGGAGGAAGGCCUGGACUACGGUGGGGUGGCAAGGGAGUGGCUUUAUUUGCUGUGCCACGAAAUGCUGAAUCCUUACUACGGGCUCUUCCAGUACUCCACGGACAACAGCUACAUGCUGCAGAUCAACCCCGACUCCGCCAUCAACCCCGACCACUUGUCUUACUUCCACUUUGUGGGCCGGAUCAUGGGCCUGGCUGUGUUCCACGGGCACUACAUCAACGGGGGCUUCACGGUCCCCUUCUACAAGCAGCUGCUGGGGAAGCCCAUCCAACUGUCUGACCUGGAGUCGGUGGACCCCGAGCUGCACAAGAGCCUGGUGUGGAUUCUAGAGAAUGACAUCACGCCGGUCCUGGACCACACGUUCUGCGUGGAGCACAACGCCUUCGGGCGCAUCCUGCAGCACGAGCUGAAGCCCGAUGGCAGGAAUGUGCCCGUCACCGAGGAGAACAAGAAGGAAUACGUGCGGCUGUACGUGAACUGGAGGUUCAUGCGUGGAAUCGAGGCCCAGUUCCUGGCCCUGCAGAAGGGCUUCAACGAGCUCAUCCCACAGCACCUCCUGAAGCCAUUUGACCAGAAGGAGCUAGAGCUGAUCAUAGGUGGCCUGGACAAAAUUGACUUGAAUGACUGGAAGUCCAACACGCGGCUGAAGCACUGUGUGGCCGACAGCAACAUCGUGCGAUGGUUCUGGCAGGCGGUGGAGACCUUCGACGAAGAGAGGCGGGCGCGGCUCUUGCAGUUCGUGACGGGAUCUACGCGCGUCCCUCUCCAGGGUUUCAAGGCUUUGCAAGGCGCCGCAGGGCCCCGGCUGUUCACCAUCCACCUGAUAGAUGCCAACACGGACAACCUGCCCAAGGCACACACCUGCUUUAACCGGAUUGACAUUCCGCCUUAUGAGUCCUACGAGAAGCUGUACGAGAAACUGCUGACGGCAGUGGAGGAGACCUGCGGGUUCGCCGUGGAGUGAGAGGCAGCCAAAGGCACCGACUCUAGCUCACACCCACCAGCCCAGCCACCACGUGUGCGCCUCCCGCACAGCACGAGGCCCUGGGAUUCCAGGAACCCCAAGGGACAGGGUUGUCUUUCCUCCUCCUCGCUGGGGGAGGGAGGGAGCAGGGACUUUGGUCAGUGGCUCCCACCCAUCACCCCUCCUGGAUAAUAGUUCUCCUUUUCCCUCCAUCACCCAUCGAAUAAAACGUGGCCAGGCUUAGCCUCCGGCCUCGGCCACACAGGAUGCUCUUCGGGGGCGGCCUCCGCCACAGCGCAGGGUCAAGCCCAGCUGACUGAGGGUUUGGUAGCGGGCGCCGUUCCUUGCACAGACAGCCCGAGGCCCCUUGUCCAGCCAGCAGCCGUGGGGAUGGCACCCGAGCUCGAGCCCCCAUUUCUUGCCCUUGGUGGAUUGCUAACUACAGUCACUGGGUGACAGAUGCUUGCUGGGCGUUGGCCACACACGCGUCCCUGAGGCAAAGGUGUCUGAGCCACUGGCACCAAGGCCGGGGGUUCUCUGCAGGAUGUCCUGGCUGGAAAAUGUCUUGUGCAGAGUCCACUUUGCUGUGGAAGUGAUCCUGGAGCCAGCCGCGGCUGGUCCUGGCGCUGUGCGUGAGCCAGCACUGACGGUGUCGCUUGAAAUAGUAACGUGUGUCUGUGGUCGUUGCUGCGAGCUUAGCUAACACGAUGAGGCUGUUACCAUGGCUGCUGGCUUCAUGCAGAGCAGCUCAAGAGCACUAAUGAUGAUGUGGUCAGCCCGGAGGCAGUGCUUCACACAGAGUGGGGCGUGGAUGUCACCUGUGUUGACUGGCUGUGAUGACAGCCUCAGCUGGCCCAGCGGCAGAUGGGGACAGCGACAGCUUCUACUAAGUCCACUCGCCCAUGCAUCUUGUGUCCACAGGACGAGCAAGGCCAAAGCCAGGCUGUCCCCUGCGUUUCUAACCCGUUUCCGAUUUGCACAAAGUUCAAACAGUAUUUUCUUUUAGCGAAGCGACUUGGUGUCAGCCCAACUUGCGCAGCGGACAGCAGCAGCCAGCUUCCCCUGGAAGGUUCUGUUGGCUGUUGCUUGUGAGCAGGGGUGGGGAAAAGUACAGGGUAGUUCAUUAGCAAAGACAUUUCACUGUUCAGUUUGAGUUUGGCACUGGGUGUGCACUGUGGGUCUGAGGCGGCUCAGGAUGACCUGUGGGACAGCCACGCCUCUGUCCUGGCUGCGGGGGGACCUUCAGGCUGUGCCGGCAGCGGAGGACACUGCCUCGCAGCAGCCUUUGCAGUUCCAUAUGGGGAGCUGUAGUGGUUGCAGGUGCUGCACUUUCCAGGGUAGAAGGGAGCCUAGAUGGGGUCUGUUGUGGAAGGUUCCAUCAUUCUGAAGUCUGGCCCUCUGUGGGCUCUGGUCCCAAGUUCUGCCUUGCCACAGCCAGACUCACGGUGUGUCUCACUGCGAUGCCGUGCAGGUGGCCUGGAAAGUGGCUCCAGUGCCUCUGUCCAUCUCCCUCGGGAGCUAGGCGGGAAGAACCUCCUGGCUGUCCCUGUGGUGGAGUCUGAAGGAAAGCAGGGUCUUGUGGUUUGAUAGACGUUGAGGCAGGAAUGUUGCAUUUGAUGCCGUUAAACUACCUGCGUGCUGUAGGGAGGAGCGGCUGGGAGGAGCUGCCGAGGUGCGGCAUCCUGGGGCUCCCGGCCCGCACAAGCCUCUGGGUUUGCCACAUCACCUGGCACCACUGUUGGCUGUGGGUGUGAGGCUUUUCCAGAGCUCUGGUUUACUCCUUUCCAAAUAGGCCUCUGCUGGUGGCCCUGCACCUCCAGAACCUUAGAUACCUACCAUGGUUUGGUCCUUUCAAAUCACCCCAAAGAACACACGGUGGCGAGCCACUGGUCCAAGCUCCUGGUUGCCCCCCUCGAAUGGGUCCCCGUGAUCUCGCCUGCUGUGCCCUUCAUGGGCCCAGCCGUCCCAGUGGCCCCCUUGCCUCUGCCCAGAGCUUCCAGGCCUGGCCUACAGGCUUGCCCUCACCAGCGGUCGCCAGCCGACACUCAGGGAUGCAGCGACCAGCGCUCUGCCAGCCUCUGGGUGGGGGAGGCGGCCGCUUGGGGCGGGGUGCCCGCGGUCCAGGAGCUGGAGUCCUGGGGCUCAGGAUGGAGACUCUGCCCUGGGCCAGGGCGACCAGGCCAGCUCAGCCAUGCGCGCCACACCCAGGGCAGGUGGUCCUCCACCGAGAGGCCAGGAAGGCAGACAUCCGCCCCUCCUGCAGCCAGGUGUGUGCCCCACGGCAGCCUUCCCGAAACAUAGUAUGAAUUUUUAAAACUUUGCUUAUUUUUGUUUCUCAACCACUUUAUAAUGUAUUUUUAAUUUAUUUUGUAAUGUCUUGUUUUUAAGUAUUGCUGCUAUCCUUGUUAAUCUUCCCACUGUUUUUAUUGCUGAUUUAUUUUGUGAAAGUUGUACACUAAUGUUCUGUUUUAUGUCAAAAUCAAAAGUAUUUAAAGAAAUCCUAGUUGUAUUUAAUGUGGUCAUGGAACCAGCUGGAAACAAAGCAAGCAGUGACUGCACAGCAGGCGAGAGCCGGAGGUCAGGUUCAUUUUGUUACAUAUGCAAUAAACUCACGACUUUACACUG